GCCUGGUCGACUGCAGUUUUUCUUCUGUUUUAAUUAAUUACGAGCUCCAUCGCGAGAAAUGGAUUAUUAUAUUAACGUUUCUUGGCAACAAAAGCAAAAAAGAUAAUCAGAGAAAAAGCGGCCGAUUUAAUUUCCUCUAGUAAACGAACCACUGCUUUCACAGUAGCAAAGAAAAAGGCAGAGGUUUUCAUUUUCCAACGGCGGGAACUCCCGGGUGUUUUCGACGUGUCGGGGUGAAACGUAUUCGGGUUCUUACGGGCAUUGGACAUUGAUGGAGUAAGGCGUACCCGGCGAGCAUUCGUCAACGGAAUCUCGAAGAUAUGACCAGAAAAUUACGCACGCCCGCUUCCUCCAUUGACGAUCUAAGCACACAUAACGUUCCCUUUGACGACCUAUUCGGCUUUGAGGAUGCUCGAAUGCGCCAAGAGGAACGAGAACGAGAGGCACGCCACGUGGAACUCGGCUUAAGACCUUGGAGGGUCUUCAUCAAUCACAUCGACAGCUACCAUGGGAAAAAAUUGGCAGAUUUUUUGCCCGAGCACUUUUACGAUGCUCCUCGCGCAGAUGAAGAUUUUCUUGGGGAGGAGGAGGAGGAUGAGGAUGUUGGGGAGGAACGCGUUUCCGGAUUCGACAAGACCGAAGUGGCUGCCACCAAGAGUGCUGAAAUGCCCAGGAAAUUCGAAGUAAUUGGCACGGUAAUGGAUCGCGAGUAUCGGAUACCGGAAGAUGUCACCAUGGUUAUUAAGUGCGAAGCCGAGAGAGAGUCAUUUUUAUCCGAGUUAAUGAAAUGUGGUUAUGUCAUCUAUGACAUCACUCACGAUGCAAGUCAGAUCGCCGAAGCUCAGUGGGCUCUUGAAGAAUUGGAAAAGAUGAAAGAGGAAACACCUAAGGCAUUUAAACGGAGCGAGGGAACUCGUCACUUUAUCCUAAUAUCCACGAUAAUGACUUGGGCCUUGACAAAGCCAUUGGACCCCGAAGAUCCGGAUCUACCUUUAACGGAAGCAGAUUUCCGAAAACGAAGACCGCAUCCCAAUUUUAAGGAGCACAUCCGGUGUGAAAAAAAUGUAACGUCGGUUAAAAAGAACACAAAAGUGGCGGACAAAUUUAAAUCGUUGGUCCUUUGUUGCGGAAUAACUUAUGGCGACGAGGAGGGUCCUCUGCAUUUUCUAUUCAAGAUGGCCUGGCAAAACGAGUCUUAUUUGCCAGUUUUUGGCCGAGGCAAUAAUAAAAUCCCUCUGCUGCACGUCCGCGAUAUCGUCUCGAGUGUCUUCAGGUUUUUGAGAGACUGGCCGAAAUUGCGGUACAUCGUCGCAGUGGAACAAGAGGCCGCAACGCAAAAAGCCAUCGUUAACACAAUCAGCAAAGGAUUGACAACGGGAAGGAUAAAAAGUAUCGCGAAAGAGGAGGCAUUUAUUUUACGGGACGUCACUCAGAAAAGUUACGACGUUAUGAAUUUGAACCUAGUAAUCGCUCCGGCUUACUUGGUCGAUCAGAAUUUAUCUUGGCACUUCGAGUUGCCUUUUAAGGACAAUUUAGAUGCGAUCGUCAAAGAGUACAAGAAUGCACGGAAUUUGCAUCCCGUUAAAGUGAUCGUCCUGGGACCUCCGGCAUCCGGAAAGACGCGCGUCGCCAAUUACAUCGCGAAACAUUAUCGAUUGCAUUACAUUUGCGUUAAGUCUUUGAUCGGAGAUACUGUCCAGAAGUUGAAUCGAGACAUCGAGGCUGCCAAAGUCAAAGACACGGUAGAGGAACAAAAUGACGAAGAGGAGGCCCUCGAAGACAUUGACGAGGACGACGAAGACGCAAACGAAACGGAAACCGGAGUCGAACAAUUACAAGAACAAUUGGAUGAGAUUCAAACCGCUCUAGCCAAGGGCAAUGGUCGUCUCGACGAUGAUUUGUUGAAUAAAAUCAUGCUACAACGUCUGUUAUCCAAAGAGUGUCAAAAUCAAGGAUACGUCCUGGAUGGAUACCCGAAGACGUUGGAACAGGCUAAGAGCCUUUUCGGGGUCGGGGACGAGGACGAGGAGAGGGAGGAAAUGGAAGUUCCUGGAGGAAAUGUCAAAAUUAUGCCGGAGCUGGUAAUUUCACUAGAAGCGCAUGACGAAUUUCUGAUAGAGCGAGUAAUCAACCUACCCGAGAAGGAAGUUCAGGGGACGCAUUACAUGGAAAGGGAGUUUCUCCGCCGCUUACGAGAAUACAGGGAGAGAAACACGCUCGACAACACCCCGUUGCAAUUUUUCGACGAGCUGGAAGUGCAUCCGCUAAUAAUACCCGUAGAGGACGACGUUUGCCCGGACAUGUUCCCGACGUUUCAUCGAUGCCUGGAAAAGCUCGGAGAGCCGCGAAAUUACGGACCGACACCCGAAGAAACGGAGGCGAGCAGAGAGCGGGAGGACGCGGUGGCGCUUGCGGCAAAGCUGGCGGAAGAGGCGCGGAAAGCUAGAGAGGACUCCGAGCGGAAAAAGGAACGCGUGGAAAAGAUGAUGGAAUGGACUAACCUCAUGGAAAAGCUGAAGGAGGAGGAAGAGGAGCGUCUCGGUAUUUCGAGCGAGCCUUUGCGACAAUAUCUCGUCAAGUACGUGUUUCCGACAUUGACGCGAGGCCUCAUAGAAGUCGCGAAAUUGCGACCCGAAGACCCAGUCGACUAUCUCGCCGAGUAUCUCUUCAAAGAGAACCCCGAGGGCAAGAUGUUCGAGCCCGACUACACGGAAACCAUGAGCCUGCUCUUGGACGCCAUAGAGCGUCUUCGGAAGGAUAUCCUGCCGCUCGGCGAACUCGACGAGGACGCGAGGACCUGCCUGAAAAGGGACGAGGCCUCCGAGAAGCCCGAGACCGACCAAUCGGGGAUUACCGACGCCGACCCGACGUUAAUCGCGGGGGGCACCUCCGUUCCCGGUGGAGGCGAAGCUCGUGAUCGACCCUGAAGACGAAACUCGAUCGACCGAUUGGAAGUUGAAGCGCGCGAUAUUUGUUUAAUACCUGUCCACCAAAUUAGGCGUAUUUACAUACGGAAGUAAAUAGAGGUCGAAACGCGAAAACGAGAGGCCAGCCGCACAUUACGAAAACCUUUUUCGCGACCCCGUCCGGAUUUCGCGACAUUUUGGAGACGCGUUCGGCAUUCUGUAUAGCGAUUAUUGGACAAGUUGGGGAAGUCCUACAGGAAUACCGGCGAUAUUAUUGGCUGGAUGUCCCGAGGAUAUUUGUCGACUUCCAUUCUGGUCGAUUCGAGAGACCUCGAGACCAAGGAGUGACCAUGACCCUAUCGUUAUAACCACCUGCAUGGAAAACCAUUAAAUAUCGGACACGAUGAAUAGCCUGACACCUGAAUCGCCAUCCGACAUUCCGUCAUUCGUUACGGUUUCGCGAGUAAAUGGCAAGGUGGUUCCUUUCGUUAACACCUCGUGGAAUUUUCCAACGCGGCGAUUAAAAGUUCCCAAAAAUUGAUAAGCAUCGAAAUUUACGGAUUGAUUAUUAGGACGCCCGAAGCGCGUACACCGCGUAAAUAUUUGUUGCAAUAAUCCGCACCCGGCGUAUAUUGCGUUAAUUAAACCGGCAGGGAUGAGCGUUUAUUACGAGCAAUUUGGUAGUGUUUGUUCUAACUCAGGGCUUGCAAGUUACGGGAAUAAAUCUGCUCUAAAGAUGCGCUUAAAAGUUGGCUCUUUCGAGGCAGGAGGUCUAUCGAGCCGGUCUUCUUCGCCCGAGGUCAAGGCUGCGGAUUCCACAUUGUUUCGCAUCUUCGAUACGCAUUAGGCUUUAUCCCUCCAUUGUAAGGAAAAUGCCUGAU